CUUAUUAUAAUAUUUUAUUCACAUUUAUACUUAUAUUUAUACAAUUGAUUUUCCCCCAAAUCAAAAAUCCCUCUUUUCUUUCCAACCCUAACUUUUAAUUUUAUUUUUCUCUCCAUUACAAAUUCCUCUUCAUCCCGCUCAUUUCUCCCCUCGCUUUCUCUCUCCUCCUCUCAAAUCUCCAUUUUCGCGCCUUCAAUUUCAUGAAAUUCUGAUCAUAUAAUAUCAUAAUAAUAAUAAUAAAAUCAUGGGAAAAUACAUGAAAAAGGGUAAAAUUACAGGGGAUGUAGCAGUAAUGGAAAUCCCUCAAUCUUCUUCUUUGGGUGUUCGUACUAGGGCUCGAACCCUCGCUCUUCAACCAAACCCUGAACUUUCUUACCUUCAGCUUCGUAGUCGCCGCCUUGAGAAGCCUCUUCCGCUGACUCCGCCGCCGGUUAAUUCGGAUUUGAGGAGUCGGGUUCGGGUCAACCCGGUUAACUCGGGUGGGUCCAAGAAAGGGGAAAGUGGUGUUGUUGGUGGUGGACGAGGGCGUUUUCGUCAUUUUACUGAUGGGGGUGAUUCCGAGGAUUUUCAUGAUCUGGGUACUGUUGAAGCUUCUUUUGGAGAGAACAAUUUAGAUUUUGAUUCCAGAGAAAGGAGCACCCGGGAGAGCACCCCUUGCAGCUUGAUUAGAGACGCUGAAACUAUUGGGACGCCUGGAUCUACUACUAGACCGACAUGCUCCACUGUAGUAAACAACCGAAGAACUAGAAGUACACAAAGAGCCAUCCCGACAAACCCGGAGAUGGAAGAGUUCUUUGCCGGGUUUGAGCAUCACCAGCAGAAACUAUUCAUUGAAAAGUACAACUAUGAUAUCAAAAACGAUAUGCCUCUCCCAGGACGUUACGAGUGGGUACGAGUAGACAAGUAGGAGGGAAGAAUCUGCAAAAAGCCAAUGCACAUUUCUUACAAGAAAUUAUGGAAAAAGGAAAAAAAAAAAAAUAGAAAGAAUGUGUAACCUGUGAUUUGUAACAUAAGUGCAGCUGACUAAAUAUAGCCUAACCCUUCUUUAUUAGGUAGCUUAGCAGAAGACUGAUUUUAGCUUUUGAGAUCCAAAGUGAAGAUAAAAUGAUUCUGUAGGUUUAGAAUUCAGUUUAUGAUGGUUUGUAUACACCAUUGUAUUCUGUAAUUGAUAUCAUUAAAUAUUGUUCCGAAACCAAAUGUAGUAGACUAGUAGCUUUCAAGGAGUUUAAUCAUAAUUUCUCCCCCUUAUUCACCCCUGCA